AGUGCUCUUCCCGUGCGGUCCGCCCGGCCGGGCCCUCAGCUAGCUCCACCCCCAGGUGGUUUGAACUCUGAACCUAUUGUCCUGAUGAAGUUUCGAUUUCUUCAAGUUGAUGACAUUGGGAACUUCAAGAAUUGGAGGUUUAUGCAAUUUGAGACCGUCAGAACGGUGAGGUGCUCAGCCUUAACAGCCAGAGAAGAACUUGAUACAGAUGAAUAUGAAGAAACCAAAAAGGAAACUCUGGAGCAACUAAGUGAAUUCAAUGAUUCACUGAAGAAGAUCAUGUCUGGAAAUAUGACUCUGGUAGAUGAACUGAGUGGAAUGCAGCUGGCUAUUCAGGCAGCUAUCAGCCAGGCCUUUAAAACUCCAGAGGUCAUCAGAUUGUUUGCAAAGAAACAACCAGGUCAGCUUCGGACAAGAUUAGCAGAGAUGGAUAGAGAUCUGAUGGUAGGAAAGCUGGAGAGAGACCUGUACACUCAACAGAAAGUAGAAAUACUAACAGCUCUCAGAAAACUUGGAGAGAAGCUGACUACAGAUGAUGAGGCCUUCUUAUCAGCAAAUGCAGGGGCCAUACUCAGCCAGUUUGAGAAAGUCUCCACUGACCUUGGCUCUGGAGACAAAGUUCUUGCCCUAGCAAGUUUUGAGGUUGAAAAAGCAAAAAAAUGACAGUGUGGAAGCUUCUGACAUUGAUCACAUUCUUACUGUAAAUAGUGUUUUUUCUUUGAUGAUUUUGAGUCAUUGCAAAAAAAGARAAUCUCAAAAUGCAUUAAUAUCCCAAGAACUGGUGACAUGAAAACAUACUAUGGCUUCUGUUUAUACUCUUCAUCAUUCUACUUUGUAUAGGGCUCCCUGCUUGAGUGACCCUGGACUUAUUGGGACAUUGGGACCCACUGAACUUUAUUCAUUAUGAUUUGUCUGUUUAAGACAGAACAGAAAAUGAACUUAUUUUUUUUAAGGGUCCUUAUUUUUAAGUGCUUAUAGUGAGUGGGAAGAUAUGAGCUAAUGAUUCUUUUCUGUUCAUAACGUAUCUUUAGAAUGAACAUUGCAACAUCACUAGACUUCAUAUAUAUUCAUAGAAUUCAGAAUCUAAGUGAUCUUAGAAAUCCAUUUUCAUUUUUCAAACUAGGAAAUUGAAACAUUAAGAGCCAAGUGAUUUGCUGAAAGUCACAUUAGAGACUGGGGAUAAGACUUAAGUGUCCUGACUCCCAGUUUAUCACCCAUGAGUUUUAUUUCUUUAUUCUGUACUGUUUUUUAAUUAAAAAAUAAUUGACUUGUGUUGAUGCAAGUCAGUGUCUAUGAAAACUCUAUAUCCCAACCCAAAGUUAGCUGGGCAUUAAGGAUCCAAAUCCCCAGCCUUGCAGUUCCCCAGCCUGAGAGCUCAGCUCUGUAUGAAUGGGGCCCAUUGUAUCCCUGAAUUUCAAACUSGGAACAAUGGGAGCCCUGUUGAGAGGCUCCUGAAGUAACUUAACCUCCYGUGCUGUGUCACUAGGGAAGCAAUAGGAAAUGGCAGCUAUAAACCCUCCCUGUGUAUAACCUCUUGCCAAACUCAGAGGGUGGCAACAGUAAGCUACUAUCAACUCUUCAGUUUUUGGAGAGACACAAAAUAAAUUAGGAGGAAAAGCAAGCUUCUCUCUUGGGUGUCUGAGUCUAGGCAGUAGCAAAUAUAUAGCUGUGUCCCUGUGCAUGUACRUUAGCUUUGGCCAUUUUAUAUGUUUUCAUAUGUUUCUCAGUAGUGUUUCUUUGCACUUUAUACAAAUUAAAAGCAUUUUUAACACUUCUUGUAUACUGUAAACUCUACUAGGUGCUUUGCCAACUGAACAUAUUAAAGGACCUCAGCUACAUUGAUGCCUUAUUUGGAACUUUUAAUGAUUUUUGUUGUUUUUGAGACAGGGUCUCUGUAAUCUUGAACUCCUAUGCUUCAGUGAUCCUGCAUCAGCCCUCCUGAGUAGCUGGAACUACAGGCGUGUAUCACCAUGCCUGGCUAAUGUGUUAUUUUUUUUUUUAUAUAUAUACUAGUUUAUGACCAUCAAAAAUUCAAUGAAAUUGUGACAAAUUAAGAAAAAUUUCUGGCUAUUCAUCUAGAACUUUUUGAUUAUCAUUUCUUUUUUCUGUGCUUUUUAAAUGGAGGUGAAAUUUGUAUAACAUAAAAGUCACCUUUUUUUUUGUACUGAGGAUUGAACCCAGGGGCACUUAUCACUGAGUAACAUCCCGAGCUCUUUUU